AUGGUGUCUCUCAAACUGCAGAAGCGGCUUUCAGCAAGCGUGCUGAAAUGCGGAAGAGGAAAGGUUUGGCUUGAUCCCAAUGAAUGCAAUGAAAUCUCCAUGGCCAAUUCUCGACAAAAUAUUAGGAAGUUGGUUAAGGAUGGGUUUAUUAUUAGGAAGCCAACCAAGAUUCACUCCCGUUCACGUGCUCGUAGGAUGAAGGAAGCCAAAAGGAAGGGACGUCACUCAGGAUAUGGUAAGCGCAAGGGUACAAGAGAGGCGAGGCUUCCUACCAAAAUUCUUUGGAUGAGGAGGAUGCGUGUGCUGAGACGAUUGCUUAGAAAGUAUAGGGAGGCGAAGAAAAUUGACAAACACAUGUACCAUGAUAUGUACAUGAAGGUGAAGGGUAAUGUUUUCAAGAACAAGAGAGUCUUGAUGGAGAGCAUUCACAAGUCCAAGGCCGAGAAGGCUAGAGAGAAGACCCUGUCUGAUCAGUUCGAGGCAAAACGUGCAAAGAACAAGGCAAGCAGGGAAAGGAAGCAUGCUAGGCGUGAGGAACGAUUUGCUCAAGGUCCGGGUGAAAAGCAACCAGCACCUACUGCUCCACCUGCCGCAACACCCCAGCCUGCUCAAGCGCCAAAGAAAACCAAGAAGUGA